AUGAUUAAACUCUUUUCAUUAAAACAACAAAAGAAAGAUGAAGAAGGCUCAGCGAGAGCAGGAGGUUCACAGAAAAAGGCUUCAGCUGCUCAAUUGCGAAUCACAAAAGAUUUAAAUGAACUUAAUUUGCCCAAAACAUGCAGUACAGAAUUUCCUGAUCCAGAUGAUUUACUAAAUUUCAAACUAAUCAUUUGCCCUGAUGAAGGAUUCUAUAGAGGAGGGAGAUUUGUAUUUAGUUUUAAGGUAGGACCAAAUUAUCCUCACGAGCCCCCAAAGGUGAAGUGUGAAACAGCAGUAUAUCACCCUAACAUAGACCUUGAAGGCAAUGUGUGUCUGAACAUCCUCAGGGAAGACUGGAAACCAGUACUCACUGUCAACUCAAUAGUUUAUGGGCUACAAUAUUUAUUUUUGGAACCAAAUCCUGAAGAUCCUCUAAACAAGGAGGCCGCAGAUGAACUUCAAAGUAACAGGAGGUUGUUCGAACAACACGUGCAGAGGGCGAUGCGGGGCGGAUACGUCGGUUCCUCGUACUUCGAGAGAUGCCUUAAAUGA